AUGGACACCAGAGACGCCAUUUCAGCACCAGAGUAUCUACAACAGCAGGAGGAGCUGGAGACAGCAGCUAGGGAAAGCUUCCCGCACGAUCCAAGAGAGUGCACCUAUGCAAAGGGCCCCCUACGUCAGGAACUGUAUGCGUGUCAGACAUGUCUAAAGAGAACGGGGGUCCUCAAUGCCGUUUGCUAUGCCUGUAGCAUCCGGUGCCACACGUCUCAUGAACUGGUGGAGCUCUUUACCAAGAGGAAUAGAACUUGUGACUGUGGUACAGAGAGAAUCGGUACUCCCUGUUUGGUGAGAAACCCCCAGUGGUCCAAUUUGAUGUUGGACAAGUCAUUUGGGGGGAAAUUUAGUCCCGAUAUACCUGAUUUUGGGAACAAGUAUGGACAUAACUUCCGGGGGCGAUUUUGUUCUUGUGAUGAGCCGUAUAAUCCAUUGGAGGAUUCAAAUAUGAUCCAGUGUAUUUUGGGUGUGGAAUGCGAUGAAGACUGGUACCAUGAGGAGUGCCUUAUGGGAUUGAAGCCAGGAAUCAUUAAGAGGUCUCCUGCACAUUGUGAUUCAGAUCAAGGUGGAAACAGGCUUGACGAUUUGGACCAGUUGAAACCCGGCGAUGAUGCCGCAAAUACGCUACAAGUCAAUGACAACUCCAUAAGUGGUGAUGAAAUCUUGCCAUUACCAGGUUUCCCCCCUCUUGAGACUUUUGAAACUAUCAUAUGCUGGAAAUGCUCGUCCAAGUUCCCAGAGGCAAUGGACGAUCUUGUCCAGCUGCUACACUGCGACACCUUAGAAUAUAUUCCUUCAGAGUCAUUGGAUGAGAGAAUAAAAACCUUAAAACCGGGGAAUAAUAAGAAACGGACAAAGAGGAGCUAUCCAACAACUAUAUUCUUGAGGGAAAACUAUAAAGAGAUACUCAAGGAAAACGUUCGGAAUCAUCCAGAAGGUACACUGGCACGAUUUCUCAAAAAGUAUCCGUUUAUGUAUGAGGAGGAUCCAAUAUACAGUCCUCCAGAAGACGACGAUUCUUCGUCUGUAUUUGAGUUAGGAAUAAAGGAGCUGAAUACUCUGCCACCAGAACAAACCAUACAGGGGCUCGAAGCAUAUCAGAAAAUCAAGUCCAAGUUGACAGAGUUCCUCACACCUUUUGCUCGUGAAGGCAGAAUCGUUACAAAGGAUGAGGUCAAAAACUUCUUUAACAAUAUAAAAAAGUGA